AUGUUAUAAAAGGCUUAUAAAAAGAGCCUUGUAGAUUAAUAAACACCUUAAUUUAUAAAAAUGUCAACGACUUUCUAAAAUCUUAGAAAAUAAUCCUUUCAAAUACAGAUGACGGUGUGCACUUUACUAAAGGAAAGGGGAAAUAAAUUUUAUUAAAUGAAUGAUAUUUAAACUGCUUGCCAAAUUUAUGAGGAGCUAUAUUAAUUUUUGGAGUUCAGGGAAUUCAAAAAUAACACUCAAUAUUUGGUACAAUAUAACGGGAAAUCUCCAGAAGAAAUGAUUCUACUUAAUAGUAAGACAAUAUCCAUUAUACUAGAACUCAAAAUAGCCAUUUUGAAUAAUAUAUCAGCCACGUAUCUCAAACUUUAAUUGUAUUAGUAAACCGUAGAAAUCACAACCUAUGUAUUAAAUCAUGAUCCGAAUUCUCCAAAAGCUUUAUUCAGAAGAGGAAAAGCUCUAUUAUCACUUUCUCCUCUGACUAACGAAAAUCUUUUUGCCUCAAUCGAAGAUCUUCAAAAAGCUUAAUAAAUUUAAACAGAUCAAUUAAUUCUCAGCACAUAUUAAUAAGCAAUAGAAAUUAUGAAUAAAAGGCAAUUAAAUCAGAUAAAUUUAAUUGAAAAUGCUAAUUUGACUUAUGAAAUUGAUUAUUCUAAGGAAAUCCCAUAAGAAAUUAAUGAAGUUAAGUAAUUUACAGAGAAAAAAGGAAUUGAAAUGCUAAAAGAUUUAUAGAAGUAAGGAAAGAUAAAAGAAGCAAAUGAAUUUUUAUAAGAGUUGAAUCAAAUUUAAGAAGCAAAGAAGUAACUAGAAAAAAUAAGCAGACUCAACUUUGAUAAACCAAAACCGUAUCUUAAUGAAAUGAUUAAAAGAUUGGGUGUAAACUCAAUUUAACUUUAAUAAGAAUUUAAGAAAAUAUAAUAUCAAAAUCUCUAAGAUAUUAGAAACAAAUUGAAGUAAUGGAAUUACUGUUAUUCAAAAGAUCUUAAUAUCAAUAAUUAAGGAUUAUAGGGAGAAUAAUAAGAGUAUCCUUCAGAAAAUUAAACUUAAAAUAUCUUAUUGAUUUUAGGAGGACUUUUGAUAUUUAUUUUAAUUGGUGUUUUUGCAGCUGGAACAUGA